UGUUCUCAGCUUUCAAACAAUGAAGACUUUUGGUUUACCUGUGUGGGUCAAGAAUAGGCGUGGCAUGUACACUAACCACACCCUCUACACGUGUUGCCUCGUGUUGAAAUUGAAUGAAUGCAGCUGUAGAGAACCGAGCAUGGAAAGGAGUGUUUUUAACAGGCAACCCGCUAGGGCGCUAAUACUAGACCUACAGGCUCCAAUGAGCCCCGCUACCGCCUCUAAUGUACACACGGCUCUGAGGGACGUAGUGAGCUUUCUAGUUCAUUUAUUGGGACCUGGGAGAGUCCCUCUGUUUUCACUCUCAGUAUUAAGGACAUACACUGAGUGUCUGUUUCCACUGCAACCACUCAAGGGAAACUAUUCACGUGUACAGAGUGCACUACUUGAGCUGUACAGUAUAACCAAUCGGUACAUAGGAGGGAAGGAAGGAGGAGGAGGAGUUGCAAGACACUCAUCAUUGAUAAGAGGUAGUCUAUUGGAUGGUAUGCAAGAAGCUUUGAGUCAAUUCCAACGUCUUCUACAAGCAACCAAACAAAACAAUAGUCAAUCUGGUUCUUCUAUUAAUAGCUACUGUCCAUCACAGAUAGAGAUUAUCAUACUAACAGCUCAACCGACACACUCCAUACAGCAGUCGCUAGAGAGGGUAGUGGACCAGCUGGACUUGGAGAAUUUGAAAAAGAUACAAGUAGUCAGCAUAAACGAUCCAGAAAAACCAGACAAGGAUCAUGAGCUAGAGGAAUUGUCUCAAUCCACUAGUAGCCCGAAUGAGCUAAGUUUGAGUGUAUUUGAUGUUAUCAGGUGUACUAAUGAUGUACCUAGUUUACAGGGUCUCUUCAAGACAUGGCUCUAUGACUGCAGUACAGAUGUUGAGCAUAUACAGAUAGUCCUACCAUCUUCCUCUGCUGGAGUGGUGACUGGUGCUAGAGUUAAUGAUGAAAAUAGGAUCAUUAUUAAGUGUGAUGUGUGGGAGAGGAUGCUUGAUCCUUCAUGUCUGCCUACUGCUUUCUCUAAAAAUCUGACCAUCCAGACAGGAUCUUCAGUUGUUUCCCAAACUCAGUCCUCUGGACGUGGCAGUACAACUCACACAGUUCCAGUGUACCGAUUGAAGUCGAUUGGUACCGUCUCGUGCGACGGAGUCUGUGAGUCUGUGGUAUACGGUAGUCCAUGUAUCGUGAGGAGCACUUGCUGUUGGAAACUGGACUGGGAUGAGCUGGAGACUAACCAGCAGCACUUUCAAGCACUGUGCUAUCAACUUAAAGAAAGAAAUCAAGGGCUCCUUUUAGCUACUGAUGAUUCCUUUGGUUCAUCAGUUGCUUCAUCUCCUCCGGUCCAAGUGAAGGCAAACUACAUACUCAUUCCAUCUCCUUCACCAGCUUCGUUAUUACUCAAGGCUGUUGUAUGCAAUGAGUUGCUCCUCCCUAUUGACCUUGGUGAAGAUGAAGUAGUUCACCUAUUACCAGAAUCAAUAGACACGCUUGGAGAAUCACUGUCCAAGCUAGAGCAUCAUGAGAUAUACAACCCCUUGAACAUACAUUCAGGGUUAUAUACAGUAAUCAAUAGCUCAACCAGUGAUCAGAGGAGUAGAUCAUCCACAGAAACAGGGAGAGGGAGAGGAAGAGGAAGAGGAGGAUCAAGGGCUGGACUCUCAAAGAGGAAAUCAACUGAAACGAUUGCAAGUUCUGAUAGUAAGAGGAUGCCAUCUACUGAUCCAGUCCCUCUUACUGUUAGUACUGGUGCUUCCAUUGGAAGGCCCAGUGGCUCAAAUGUUCCUCCUAGUCUUCCUUCUUCUCUCUCUGGAGCUACUGUACGUGGACGUAGCAUCAAGAGAAUGCGUGGGGCCAACAAAGAUAGUUUCAUUCAAGGUGGAUAUAAUCUGCCAUAGAUAGAGAGUAGCUACAAUUUUUAAAACACAGUAUAAGUUCCUCAUUACUAUUCAUAGAAUCAUUAUGUUAAUUACUAACAAUAAUUAA